UAAACUGUCAAAACUUUAGAAGUAGCAAGUUGAUAGCGAUAGCUUUGUUCAUUAUCUAAACGAUUGUGUGAUUGGUACACAUGCUCAAAUUUCCAGAAGGCAGUAAAGACUAAAGUUAUCAUUUUGAUAGGCUGAAAUCUUGUGAAAAGUAUCUGUGACUUUUGUAUUCUGAAUUUUCAAUUAAAAUUUGAUUGUGCGAAUCGCUAAAAUUCUUCAGAGAUUUUGGGUACAAUUUGGGAGGAAACUUGGGGGUGGCAACGAAAUAGCGUGCGUGCAACGAGUGGCGCACAUUGCGCAACUCCAACCAACCGCUAAAAAGUGACGGCUGAAUGGUGCGGUAAUCUGUGAAAAUUGAAUGGAAAUUGAAAAAGUACACAACUGUAGGAAGCCAACCAACGUUAGUAAGGAAUAUCAAAAAAUAAGUUAUGAAGAAACGUGUAAGUGGCUCACGCGGCAGCAGCUCCCCCGAUGAUAGUGGCGCUGAAACUCGAGGCGGUAUACACGCAAAUACCAACAGCAAUGAUACCUGUGCGCCCUCCACAUCCGCCAAACAACGUAACUCAUCGUCUAUUUCAAAGGAUAAAGGACUUGACGAGUAUGCCGAGACAUUUGUAAUUGUGAAUGAACGACCGGUGGAUGACAUUUCGCUUGAUUUCUUCUAUAAACCUCAUACAAUAACCCUAUUCGCCAUUUCAGUACUAUUUAUGAUGUUUUUUGCUUUUGUCAGGAAUGAAACAAGUAUUGAAGAUAACAUCUGGGCUGGCAUAUUGUGCGUUGUGUUCUUUUUCCUAAUCAUUUCUUUAUUGGCAUUCCCGAAUGGACCAUUCACCCGCCCACAUCCAGCAGUAUGGCGUAUCAUAUUCGGUUGUUCGGUAUUAUACCUGCUAAUGCUGCAAUUCUUCAUGUUUCAAAAUUACAAAACCAUAAUGAAUAUAUUCUAUUGGUUGGAUCCAAAAUUGCAAGAUUUUCACAUCAACAUGGAUAAGGAGUAUGGGGCUAACUGCUCCGAUCUCAGCUUUGAACGUAUAAAAAGUACAAUCGAUGUUUUCGCUUGGGGCCACUUUCUGGGCUGGGCCUUCAAAGCUGUACUCAUACGGCACGCUGGCAUUCUGUGGGCUAUUUCAGUGAUGUGGGAAAUUACCGAAAUCACCUUUGCACAUUUGCUGCCGAAUUUCGUUGAAUGUUGGUGGGAUGCGCUCAUCUUGGAUGUGCUUAUCUGUAAUGGUCUGGGCAUCUGGGUGGGCUUAAAAAUUUGCAAAGCACUCGAAAUGCGUGAAUACAAGUGGGCGAGCAUUAAAGAUAUCUCAACGACGACGGGUAAAAUUAAGCGCGUUGUAUUGCAAUUUACACCAGAGAGUUUCACAUCCAUACGAUGGUUGGAUCCGAAGUCCACAGCGAUGCGCUUUGCGGCCGUUUGCCAAUUAGUUGUAUUUUGGCAGGUGACUGAACUGAAUACAUUCUUCCUCAAGCACAUUUUUGAAAUGCCACCCGAUCAUUACCUUGUCAUUGGUCGCCUUGUUUUCAUUGGCCUCUUUGUAGCGCCCUCAGUGAGGCAAUACUAUACGUACGUGACUGAUACACGUUGCAAACGUGUCGGCACCCAAUGUUGGGUAUAUGGCGCUAUUAUGGUCUCAGAAGCAAUACUUUGCCUGAAGAACGGCAAAGAGCUUUUCGAACGUACACAAGCCAUAAAUAUUGUUAUGUGGUUAAUUACGCAGGUCGUCGUAUCAGUAGCCUUUGUUUACGGUUGCAUGCUGUGGCAGCGUGCACAGAUCAAAUAUAAUGAAUUAACAGAAUCGCCUAGCAAAAAGGGUAGAGGACAAAAUGGCAACGAAGAAAGGGGCAAGAAAUCACCAAAAAAAUCUCCAAAGCGCAACCUACAGAAAAUUGAAUAAAAUUCAAAAGUUAAACUUAAACAGAAAGACAAACAAAAAAAUAAAAACUACAAGAAACAAACUAAGUCAUAGCAUUCGACAUCUUCCCCUUAUAAAAAACUGAAUAAAUUAAAUAUGUUAUCAAAGCUAAUUAUAAUUUUUUUCAAAAACAAAUUCUAAAACUUACAUAUAUAUAUUGGCUGGUUCAUUUCAUAUUAUCACAACUAUUUAGCAAUAAUAUAUAGUACAUAGUUAUAUAUAAUCAAAAUAUGCAAACGAAUGUAUGUACUGAUUAAAAUAAUUGUAAUUAAAAACAAAAAAAGAAGCAAAAUGACAACCAAGCUUGUACAACCCGCGACCAAACGAAAGCGCAUCAACAUUUUGAGCAAUUUUGACUAAUUUUCUUUUCUUUUUUUGUUUGAAGGCUCAUUACUUUUGUAUAGUAAGUAUAGCUCACAGUCUAAAGAAUCUAUAUAUGUAAAUCGGAUUUUAAAAUUGUAUACAAAAUUUAGAAAAUUUUCAUAUACAUUUUUCCUUCCACUUCCACGGUUUUUAAUUAGAAUUUAUGCAAAAAUGUUUAGUAUGCAGUUUUAUAGCUUAUUAAAUUUUAGUAUCAUAGAGUGCCACUUUGGAGUUGCGAAAAUCCCAUUGAUAUUUUAUAUUUUUUCCCCAUGACGUAUUGUGCAUUUUCUUCAUACAAAAAAAAAAAUAUAGAUUUGUCGUGGGCUGUAUAUAAAAAGUAGCUCAAAACGUUAGUUGACCAAGGGGAAUGUAGAAAAUUCAUAACAAUGUAAACUUAAAAUGGAACUUAAGGGGGAACAAUUAAAAAACAAACUUAGACUAAAAUGCAAUAUCAAAUUUACUAAAAAAUGCAACAGAUAUAUGUAUAAAAGCGGAAAAUUGCAAAAAAAAAAAAAGAAAAUAUUAAAUGACGUUUAAAUAGAAGAAAGCAAAGGAUGCUUUCGUAUUGGGUUUCUACAGAAAUUUAAAGAAGGGGGUAAAAUAUAAGCAAAUUUAUGUAAAUACGUUAUCAGUGGAAACUCAUAGGCGGGGAUAAAUUUUAAAACGAAAAACCAAGAAACAACAAAAAAAAAUUGAACUUACAAAGCAAAUACGCUUUAAACUGGAUAAACUAACUUAAGGCAUAGUAGAAAAUGACCCACAGACAUUUGCAUAAAAUAUUUCAUAACUAAAAUAUAUAAGAAUUUUAAUUAAAUUAUUUUAUACGUGCAUAGGUUUUACAUACUCAGCAAAUUAAUAUUAAUAUCUCAUACAAUUUUGGCAUAAAAUUAACAUUCUUAACUUAUGAAUAGAAAAUUAGAAUUGGCUACAAAGCUAAAUUAAAAAUGUUCACAGUUGAGUUGAGAGAAUGAAAUAUCCUAAAGGAUUUUUGGAGACUUCUAAUUUUUUAUUUUAAAAUACUUUCUAAUUAAACUAAUACUUGCUUAAAAUGGGUUUGAACCUUCGAAAAUUAACGGUAAAUCUUAUUUUUCUAUUCUUAACCAAUUUCAUUAUUUAAAAAGCUUAGAUUUUGGCUUAGAAAUCUGCUGGUGCACAUGGAAACAAUUUGAUAUUGAAAACAUUCGAAGACAAAAAGUAAAAAACCCGCAUAUGGUAUGCGAAAAUAGUUUUAAGAUAAAUUUAAGUAACCUCUACUUGUAAAAAUAAUAGCAAAAUAAUGAAUAGAAAAAUGUUCAAAUUGCGAUUAAAUUCAGUAAAAGUAAAAAUCAAAAAGUGUAUCUAAAUUCUUAUAUGCAAAGCGAUUAGUUAUAAUAGCAUAAAAUUUAAAAAAAAUUAAUUAUAAAACUAAAAGCAAUUACAGGCACUGCGGUUGAGCGCCUAAAAGUAGGUUACAUACUAUGCAGCUUCAAGCGUAAACUGAUGUGAUUCUGGGAUUCGCAGUGAUAAAAUUUUAUCUCGAGAUGAAAAAUAUAUCUAUUCAGCAGUUUUGUAAAUCCAUGGACCUACUUUUUUAUUGUACUUUUGAAUUCGCACCAACAAGAGCUAUCAAUGCCAUAUUACUAAUAUUCAAGCGAUUUUUGAAUUCCACCGUAGAUCUGCUGUAUACAUCGCGUAUAUUUUUAUUUCUUUAUUACUAUUUAAUUUGCUGGUAGCAAUACUUAUCAAACUUUCAGGAACUGUCCAGAACCUCAUUAAAGAAUUUAGUUGCCUGUUGUCUUAAGAUAUGUAUGAACAUAUAUAAGAUUACACAUUAAUUUCAUAUAUUAUGAAAUGAAAGCAUGUGAAGAUUACAGCCAAAGCUAGUUGCAUAUUUAAAUUUUAUGUUUAAACUUUAUUUUGUAGCUAUUUAUGAAGCCAACUCGAUACGAAAACCAUUUUUAGGGGUUUUCAAACUAUUAUUUUCGAAAAUCACAUUUACUUUGAUUGUGAAUGUGCGAUUAAAUCUUUUAGUGAAUAAGCAUAUGUACAUGCAUACAUACAUACAAAUGUAUAAGAGAUUAGUUUUGUCUGAUAUUUUAAAGAAUUGUUAUGCUAUAUUUCCUGAUUCAAAAUAAAGUUAUUUUUUCUUAAAUAUGAAA